UCAAACCAUGAAGUCUGUUUACCUUCUCUUUGCGCUACUGGUUAUUGGCACAGCCGCCCAAGACUCUGGUUGUGGAAAUCCCCGAUACCAUUUAGGUUACAAUGGUACCUUCGAGUCAAUGAACUUUGACCCUGCAGCUCAAAGCCGGUAUGACGCCAACGCAUUCUGUCAAUGGAAUCUCGAGACAUCAGAAGCACAGAAUAUGGCUAUGGAAAUUGAAUUCGGGUAUAUGAGUGUGGAAGCAUCCAUAAACUGUAACUACGACAGUGUGACUGUGUAUGAAGGUCUUGACGAUACCGGACCGGUACUGGCCAUACUAUGUGGGCAUAAUAUUCCAACCAAGGUCAUUUCCCAUUCCUAUCUACUAUAUAUAACGUUUACUAGCGACGGCAGCAUACAACAUUUUGGUUUUAAUGCAACAUGGAAAUCACGAGAUGCACCAGUUGAAUGCGACGAAGGUAUAGACUUUAGAUGUGGCAACGAUGAGACUGGUUUCUGUAUUUCAGCUGAUAGAAGGUGUGAUGGCACAGAAGACUGUGCAUUGGGCGAAGAUGAAGUGGGCUGUCCAGUGAGUUCUGACACUUGUGGAAAGCCAGCAAUUCCCCCUAAUACGAAUUCCACAAGUAUUGCAGUGACAGGGGGCACUGAAGCUAUUCCGGGAAGUUGGCCUUGGCUUGUAGGAGUCCAAGAUGCAUACAAGGACCAUAUCUGUGGUGGUGCUAUUAUCAAUGAAAGAUGGGUAAUGACUGCUGCAAGCUGCGUCUAUUUUCAACGUGAUCAACCUAGUCUUAUUAAUGUUCUUGUUGGUAACCAUGACUACGAAGAACGUGAAACCCAUGAACAUUCGCAUAAUUUGUGGGACAUUUAUAUACAUCCAUCGUUCUCCUUGUUGAAGCUAGACUACAAUUUUGCUUUAUUAAAGACUAAGUCAAAAAUAGUUUUCAGUGAUACUGUAUCGGAUAUAUGUGUGAUACCGGGAGGGAUUCAACACCCUAAUGGAACUAAAGCUUGGUUUGCUGGUUGGGGUUAUACAAAUCCAUCAGUUCAAGCAUUUGGAAGUAGUGUUGUGAUGCAAGCAGAAAUGACAAUCUAUCAUGACGACUUUUGUAAUGAUCCCAGUCGUUAUGAUGGCACGGUAGGCGCAGGUGAAAUGUGUGCUGGAUCGUUGGACGGUUCAGUUGGCGCUUGUGAGGGAGAUGAUGGCGGGCCAUUGGUGUGGUAUAAUGAUGAUCCUACUAUUGGGCAAGUUAAGUGGUAUAUUUUGGCUGUUGCCGGUGCUCGUAAUGAAGAAACGUGUGGCGUUCCAAACAUGCCAGGACUGUAUGGCGAAAUACAAGACGUAACUUCCUGGAUAAAUGAAACACUGUAUUAUAAUUAAAUGUGUAUUUGUAUUACUGACAAUACAUGGUAAUUGUUAUUUCAUACUAAGUCACAUAUAAUCUAUAGGCAAUAAAGCACGAGUUAUAAUGAA